AUGAGUGCAUCUAUGUUGGGUCUUGUUUUAAAGGAUAUACUUCAGGCUGUCACUCCCUCACAAAAAGAUUGGGACUUGCGCUUUGCCCUCAUCGCUGAUUUACGAAUAGUUGUUCAAUCUAUGCAAAACCUGAGAGGAGCAACUGUUGAGCCAUUUGGAUCGUUUGUGUCCAAUCUCUUCACACCAUGGAGUGACUUGGAUAUUUCAAUUGAGUUAUCAAAUGGUUCACAUAUUUCAUCUGCUGGUAGAAAACAUAAACAAAUGUUAUUGGGGUGUCUUUUAAGAGCUUUGAAAAUGAAAGGUGGAUGGACCAGCUUGCAGCUCAUCUCAAAUGCACGAGUUCCCAUUUUAAAAUUUAAAAGCAACCGACAGAGUAUAUCUUGUGAUGUUUCAAUUGAUAGCCUGCAGAACCAAAUGAAGUCCAAGAUUUUGUUAAGGAUCCACAAGAUAGACAACCGCUUUCGCAGUAUGGUUUUACUGGUUAAGGAAUGGGCCAAAGCACAUAAAAUCAAUAACUCUAAAGCUGGGACUUUCAACUCCUACGCCCUCAGUUUACUUGUAAUCUUCCACUUUCAGACAUGUGUUCCUGCAAUUUUGCCACCAUUUAAAGAUAUAUACCCUGGCAAUAUGGUAGAUGAUCUCAGAGGUAUUAGGGCUGACGCAGAGAAACUUAUCACAGAAACAUGUGAUGCAAACAUAAACAGGUUCUUAUCAGACAAGUCCAGGCCAAUUAACAGAAAAUCUUUGCCUGUACUUUUUGUUGAAUUUUUAAGAAAGUUUGCUCAGAUGGAUUCAUGGGCCUCACAGCUAGGAAUUUGCCCAUAUACCGGUCAAUGGGAACAGAUAAAGAACAACAUGAUGUGGUUGCCCAAGACUUAUGCUAUAUUAGUUGAGGAUCCUUUUGAGCAGCCACAAAACACUGCAAGAUGUGUCAGCACAGGACAACUUAAAAAGAUAUCCAAGGCAUUUUUAGAGACAUACGGCAUAGUUACCUCAAAGAAUCAGGAUCAAAGUUCUCUCCUGAACUUCUUAGCAUCAGCACAGGUGUCUCAACUUAUCAGAACACCUUGGAUUCCAAACUACAGUGAUGGACAGUCUUACCCAAUUCGGCCACAGAUGCAGUGUGUCAUGCACCUACCCCCACACCCACAGCAACGUUUUCAAAAUGGCAAUCAAGGAAGAAACUACAGCAAUUCAACUUCAAGGGGACCUAAGCAGAUAUGGAGGCAAAAGAUCCAAUUAAGAAUUGCCAGCCAGGACACACAAGGGAAUAUUUGA